AAAAACUAUGUUUCAAAAUUUCUGGCAUUGUUUCUCUUAUUGUUUAGAGGAAGUGGAAAUAAAAAUAUUCUCUUGAUUGAACCUCUGAUAAAACACUAUCCUCUUUUAACGUAGUGCUAUUGCCGACUUUAUAAUUUAGAUUUAAAUACACCAUAGGAUUGUCAAUACCUGCAACUAUAUAAAUUCAUAAGAAAUUGAAUAGCUGUUUGAACCACACUUCGUAAAUGGUAAGAUGGAAUUGUUCAUGAAUGACCUUUCCAUACUCUCUACAUACUGCAACUUAUACCAUCUGGUCAUUGUUUCAGUCUUCAGUAAUAAGGAUCUUAGAACACGUAUCACAAUUUUAUGGGAAAUAUUCCUCUAAUAUCACUGAAUACAAGCGCUUAACCAAUAGUGAUUCUUGAAAACAUUAGCAUAUACGCCAACAAACAGGGGAGUAAAAUCCCUCCGCUCAACAAUAUGCCCGUUCAUAACAGUUUUCACAUCGAAAAGCCACAAAGUUUUAUAUUAAUUAAUAGUAUUAAACUGAAAGAUUUCGAGUGUUAUUUUCAUCUAUGUAUGCAAAAAGUACUCCUUGUACCAGAUAGAAAAUAGCCUUUGUCAGUAAACUGAUAACUUCCAAUAUCAGACGUUUAAGGUAGGCACCUUUUUGCUACUUCUGAAUCUAAAUUAAAAUUUAGGUUACUAUGUACAUAGAAGAGUCAUUUGGUUGACUAUCAUGCUCCUAAAUAAUUUUGGUUUAACACUUCCAUCCACUCUCCCAUAGCUGUAAAAGCAGUACCCAGUUUUAAUCGGUAGUAUUUUCCAAGCAGUACAUGCCAAUACAUCGUUAUCUAAUUUUUAUUAUCAAAGUAGUAACAUGCUCGUUAAAAAUUAUUGCACAGAUUCAUAAUUAUUUACCAUUCUGAAUUUUCCGUUAUAAAUAAUAUAACUCAGCCCAAUACAUAAGAAGGCAAGUGACAAUUAUUUCCGCAAUAUAAAGCAAUCUACAGUUCAUGCAGCCAUAAGUUUACGUUCUUCAUUGAAAGCAUCACAGUAAUUCCAACAUGACCUCUUAUGUUGAACAUCAAUAUAGCUUUUUUCUUCCUGAAAUUUAUUCACCGGGCAGUAACAGUUCACCGAGAAUUCUUUAAAAUAAGUAAAAUGCAUCAAAAGACUUGAAGUUAAAAAUUAAUGCUUAGCAUUUGGACAAGGAAAAAGUCAUGCGUUCGUAGCUCUCCUGAUAGUCACUUUCUAAAGAAAAGUAGGCAUGAAUAUAUUAACUACUCCCAAAAUCAUUUAGCAGCCGAUAAGUAGUUUAUUCCCUAAUCCUUCUGAUUACCGCACUUGAUAUUAGUAAAUGAAUCUUUAAUUACGCUUAUGAAUCAUGGACAUUAGUAGAAGAUAUCUUCAUACCUCUAUGGCAUUAUCAUUUUUGACUGGUAAAAUUCCAAUGGUUUGUAAUAAAUCGUGAGAUAUAUAUAUAUAUAAUCUCGUUAUCAAAAUAAUGUAACCAGUUUACAUACUGAUUCAUAACUCUCUUUACAAGAUACCAUUUGAAAUAAUUCCUGACUACAAAACGCAUUAUUUGGUUUAUCAACGGAGUGCUUUUCUUCAUUACGCAAAAAUUAUACGCUGUGGGAGGUAGGUCAUCCAAUUAAUUGGCAUCACUUACCUUUUGGUAAAUUACGGUCAUGACAUUGUAAAACCGUCAUUUCUUGAACGGGCUAGUUCGUGCUAGGGCUUGGUUCAUUGGGGACAAAUAAUUUAAGAAGCAUCAGAGGACAUUUGUGGUCACCUCAAACUAGCAGAAUACAUAGUUUAUUGUUUACUUCUUUGCUUUCAAAUGAAGCUAUACUUAAUUGCUAAGAAUCAUCUUGGAAAUAAAGUCAUAAAUACCCUCUAUGUUGAGUUUAGAGUUUCAUAUCCAUAUAUAGUUAAUUGGUAGCACGAUUUUCGCAAGUUCAUGUGAAAUGCAUUGAUUAUGCCUGUUUUGUGAACUGUAUCAUAGGUCUUUAAGUAGUUUUGGGUGGAGUUUAUCUACCUUCUUAUGACUUUUCUGAGUUAAAAUGCUUAGAAAACUCACUAGUAUAAAUUCAUGACAGGUAAUAGUCUACCAUAUUUAGGAAAUUAUCUAUUUUUUUCGUUCAAGUCUAAGAGAUCUUGAGGUUAACGUAAAUAGAAAACUGAACCUCGAUGAACUGUAAAUACAAUAAAAGCUAACGGUGAUAACUGCACCACAGUAGUGAUCAACCGCUGUACACAUCUCUAAAAACAAUAAGCCUAUUGUUUAUAAAGCGAGACCGAUAAGUCCUAGGUUCAAAUCCCGCGGGCGGGGUCGUGGAAGCGAACUGCUGAGGAGUUCCAUACUAGAACGAAACGGACGGCCUGUGUUUUCAGGUUUUCUACGGUGGUCUAGCUUUAAUCGAUUCGUGAAUUCAACUAUUAAAUUACCAUAAUACCCACAAAAAUCCUUUAUGUUUAUAUAGCUCUUAGUCAAUGAGUUGUCUAUUCUUCCGCUCAAUAAAUAAUCGUUUUAAGUUCAAACGAUUAGAUGUUUGAUAUCAGAAUGGCUUAGUUAUCGAUUGAUUCAGUUUUUAACGUUUGAGAUUGUGUGUACAUAAACAUGCUGAAUCGUUAAUGAAUUUCCUUCCAAUUACUCCGAAGAGCGAAUUUUCAAGCAACACCAUAUCUGUAUACAUUUUAGAGACACUGUUAUGUGAUGUUUAAAUAAAUCAAUGACUUCUUAGUAUUGAUGACUGUUGUAAUUUUGAAUUCCAAAUACAAUACAUUCGUUCGGGCUCAUCUGAUACUUCUUGAUUAAAUUGCGUUAUUCCUGGGAUUACUAGUUCAUACUACAAUUCAAAUACUCCUAAUUAUCAUAUUGGCGUCGCGACUGAGCCUGUGAUGGAACGGUUAAAUAUAAAUUCAGAUUUUAAUGCUUUUGAGGAGUACAUGGAAAGGUUCGAAAUCUGGGCUAUGACCAAAGAAGAUGAUGAUGAUUUUAAUAUUGUGGCCCAUUUCCUCACAUUCAUCGGGAAAGAAGCAUACAGCCUUAUAAAGAUUUUGGCACUUCCAGACAAACCGAUUUCACUCCCGUAUGCAACUCUCAAGCAACUUCUGUUGGAUCAUGUAAAGUAUACAAAUUCCGAAUGCGGUAAGAAAGGAAAAUCCGAUAAAAUGACUCGUCAGAACAUCAGGAAUUCCACUUAUUCAAACAGUCGUCGUAGUUCGAUGCGUAAUCAAAUUUAUUCAGAUAAUACUUCAUUGAGUUGUGAAACAGUCCAUGAUGAUGAGCACAAGUUUAGUAAAUGCAUGUUCUGCGGCAAGUUUCACCCAUGUAAUUCAUGUAUAUUUCGUAAUUCUAAAUGCUUUAAAUGUGGUAUAACUGGACAUAUUCAGUCAGUUUGUAAUACCAUGGUUCAUUUCGCUGAAAGUAAUGCUAAGAUGGAUGCUUCUAAUGAUCAGUUAUCUUUAUCUAGAAGAGGUAUAACGUUAUAUAACAGUCCAGAGUUGAAUGAAACCCAGAGUCAUUGGGAGGCGAAAAUUCUCAACCAAUCAACUUAUCAGAUUUCUCAUGUUAUUGUACCAGAUAUGGUUUGUCGUAAUAAUUCACAUACUUCUGAUGGAAUUUCUUACAACUCUGAGAAUAGAAUGUUAAAUAAGUCAAAUCAUGAUCAAAAACCAAAUUCAGUCAUGGUAGAUGUUGAAUUCCCUGAUGAUCCAUUACCUAAUGAAACUCUUAAUCAAUUUGAGGAAAAUAUUUCAGAAGAAUCGAAUUCUGAUAUCAUAUCAAGUGUCAGUGGUCCUCAUAAUGAAUUUAUCUCUAAUGAUAUUCCUCAUGAAUGUGAAAAAUAUGUUUCUUAUGAGUUGAAUUCUAGUCAUAUUUCUGAUGUUAUUGUGUCAUAUGUUGGAUACUCUCACGAACAAUGCAUGUUGAAUAGAAUCCCUAGUCAGGGGUAUAAUGAUACAGAGGGGAUGGCAAAAUUUACCGAAGCAACCAGAGAACCAGUUUGCCCAGAAGUGAAGUUUGCACAGACAGAGAAUCCAAAUCAAGUCCAAGAUUAUCCUAAUGAAUAUGAGGCAGAUGAAUGUUUUCUAUCCGAUUGUUUCGCAGGUAAAUCAAGCCUAAUUGAAUCACGUGUGUUAAUUACAUAUAUCAAUGUAUAUCCAUCUGUGUAUUCUAAUAUGAAUAACAAAAAGAAUAUGUAUCAUGAUUUUUAUUCAAGUCAAAGUCACAUGAUGGAAUACCUCGAAUUAUAUAUCAGUGUUUAUUCCCAAAUACUCGUAUACAGUAGUCGAUGCGUGAGAUUUGAGAAGAUACUGCAAAUUGGAAAUGUCAUAUUGGCUAAAACAUUGCGACAUAAGGACCCAACAUUAUUUCGUGGGGGAGGAUAUUGUUGAAAAGUAUAUGAUGCAAAUUCUAAAUAUCAGUGGUUUCACUACACAACCGACAUGCUGAUUGUAUGCAAUUCUAGAACCCAGGUGAGUCUGUUCCAAUUUCCGUUGUUAAUUCUAAUACUAAUGAGUGCAUUCUAGAUAAUACAGAGUGUACAUUCAAUACACCAUCGGACAGAUACACCUACAAUUCAAUUCGAGCUGUGGCGGAUGUGAUGUUUAAAUAAAUCAAUGACUUCUUAGUAUUGAUGACUGUUGUAAUUUUGAAUUCCAAAUACAAUACAUUCGUUCGGGCUC